CAGCUAAACUCAAUCUGUUCCAGAUUUAUUUAAUCACGCUUAUAUAUACCACAAAAAACCUUCAUAAAUCACAGAGAAAGCCAAAUCGCUGUUGAUAAUGGCCGCUUCGAACGGGAUGGAGUUUUUCUCCGGCGAUUUGGAGGCGCAGAUGGAUAACAACUUCCCGAGACUGUCGAAUUUCGAGUACGCGUAUGACGAGGAGGAACUGAUGUGGGCGGCGAUCGAGAGGUUGCCGUCCCAGAAACGCCGGAAUUUCGCGCUACUGAAUCGCGCGCCGGCGUCACAAACGGCCGCCGGAAGGGAGAUCACCGAGGCCGUCGAUGUGCGGAAGCUUGAUCGCGCCACACGCGAGCUAGUCGUCAAGCAAGCCUUGGCGACUUCCGAACAGGAUAAUUACAAGCUCCUUGCCGCCAUUAAGGAUCGCCUCGACCGAGUGGGAUUGGGCGUGCCGAAAGUUGAAGUUCGUUAUCAGGAUGUAACAAUUGGAGCAGAUGUUCAAAUUGGUUCAAGAGCUUUGCCAACUUUAAUCAACUGUGUUCGUGACACACUCGAGAGCAUGUUGAGAGGAAUACGAGUCUUUCGACCAAAGAGGCACAAACUAACCAUCUUGAACAACAUAAGUGGUGUCAUCAAACCUGGAAGGAUGACACUUCUUCUUGGACCACCGGGUUCGGGUAAGACAACGCUACUUAAGGCAUUAGCCGGGAAACUCGAAACAGAUACAAGCCUAAAGAAAAGCGGGAUUAUUACAUACAACGGCCAGCGGCUUGAUAGCUUCUGUGUCCAAAGAACCUCCGCUUACAUAAGUCAGACAGAUAACCACAUCGCCGAGCUAACUGUGCGAGAAACUCUAGAUUAUGCUGCCAGAUUCCAGGGUGCGGACCAGAGUUUAGGAGAGUAUAUGAAAGAUCUUACGUAUCUAGAGAAGGAAAGAAAGAUACAUCCCAAUCGUCACAUUGAUGCAUUUAUGAAGGCAUCAUCAGUUAGCAGUGGAAAACACACUGUGUGUACAGAUUAUAUUUUGAAAGUACUUGGUCUUGACAUUUGUUCAGAUACGCUAGUUGGCAAUGAGAUGCUUAGGGGUGUUUCAGGUGGACAAAGGAAGAGAGUUACAACAGGAGAGAUGAUUGUUGGGCCAAGAAAGACUCUGUUUAUGGAUGAAAUAUCUACUGGACUUGAUAGCUCCACCACAUACCAUAUUGUGAAGUGCAUAAGGAAUUUUGUUCAUCUAAUGGAAGGAACCGUAUUAAUGGCUCUUCUUCAGCCUGCCCCAGAGACAUUUGAUAUGUUUGAUGAACUGGUUUUGCUUUCUGAAGGACAUGUAGUGUACCAUGGUCCACGCGAUAGUGUGGUUGAGUUCUUUGAGUCGUUAGGUUUUGAACUACCACCUCGUAAGGGGAUUGCAGAUUUUCUUCAGGAGGUGACUUCAAGGAAAGACCAGGCACAAUACUGGGCUGAUCAUUCAAAACCAUAUGUUUUUAUUCCAGUUUCAAAAAUUGCUGAAGAAUUUAGAAAUUCCAGAUAUGGUCAGGCCUUGGAGUCUUAUCUGUCAGGUCCUUAUGAAGGAACUGGUGCCCAUCAUUCAGCUCUCUGUGCUAAAAGGUUUGCAGUUUCUAACUGGGAGCUCUUCAAAGCAUGUUUUUCCAGAGAACUGCUUCUCAUUAAAAGACACAGAUUUCUUUACACUUUCAGAACUUGCCAGGUAUACUUACCUUUUCCAGGUUAAUAACAUAACCUUCACGUACUAAGUGGCAUUCAUAAUUUUUACUUAUAGGCUUAUAGCUUCGACAUCACUAUGCCUUGCAAUAUGAAUCUCCCGGUUUGUCAAUAAUGUUGCAGGUUGCAUUUGUGGGAUUUGUGACUUGCACAAUGUUCUUAAGAACCCGGUUACACCCCACUGAUUUGGUCAACGCAAAUCUGUACCUCUCUUGCCUGUUUUUUGGUCUGGUGCAUAUGAUGUUCAAUGGAUUUUCUGAGAUGCCUAUUACAAUUUUCCGAUUACCAGUGUUCUAUAAGCAAAGAGAUAAUCUUUUUUAUCCUGCCUGGGCCUGGUCUAUCUCUUGUUGGGUUACACGCAUACCUUACUCAGUAAUUGAAGCAGUUAUAUGGUCUUGUGUUGUAUACUAUACUGUAGGAUUUGCUCCUGGUGCGGGAAGGUUUUUCCGCUAUAUGUUCGUCCUUUUUUCCAUACAUCAGAUGGCAUUGGGCCUCUUUCGCUCGAUGGCAGCUCUUUCACGAGAUAUGGUCAUUGCUAGUACAUUUGGCUCAGCUGCCUUGCUAGCUAUAUUCUUAUUGGGUGGUUUUAUAAUCCCUAGAGAUAUGAUAAAGGGAUGGUGGGUUUGGGCUUUUUGGGUAUCACCAUUAUCCUACGGGCAACGAGCAAUAUCUGUCAAUGAGUUCACGGCAACAAGAUGGAAUGAGAGGACUACUUUAGGAAAUAUUACUCUUGGAAACAGCCUUUUGCAAUCACACAGCUUACCUGCAGGUGGCUAUUGGUAUUGGCUGGGAGUUGGUGUUCUACUGCUCUAUGCCUUGUUUUUCAACAUCAUAGUGACACUGGCAUUGACGUUUCUUAACCCGAUCAGAACAUCUCAGGCAUUCGUAGAAGAAAAUUCAGCUAGAAAGGAUGCGGAAAACAGGACGAACAUACAAGAGAUAGACCAGGCUCAGGCAGGAAAUAAUAAUUCAAAUUCCGUAACCAGAAAAGAUGCAAGUAAAAAGAAAGGGAUGAUUCUCCCAUUUCAGCCGUUAACAAUGACUUUCUACAAGGUCAAUUACUUCGUCGACAUGCCAAAGGAAAUGACCUCACAAGGUGUAACAGAAAAGAGGUUGCAAUUACUGUCUAAUGUUAGUGGAGUUUUCUCACCUCGCAUUCUUACAGCAUUAGUUGGGGAAAGUGGGGCAGGGAAAACCACUUUGAUGGAUGUUCUAGCCGGCAGGAAGACUGGUGGAUGGAUAGAAGGUGACAUUAGGAUAUCGGGUCACCCAAAAGAACAACAAACGUUUGCAAGAGUUUCGGGAUAUGUUGAACAAAAUGACAUACAUUCUCCUCAAGUUACAGUUUUUGAAUCCCUCUGGUUUUCUUCUUACCUAAGGCUUCCCAAAGAAGUGAAUAAUAAACAGAGAAAGGAGUUUGUUGAAGAAGUGAUGGAGUUAGUCGAGCUAGAUACACUGAGGAACGCUAUUGUAGGUUUGCCAGGCACUAGUGGCUUAUCCACAGAACAAAGAAAACGUUUAACAAUUGCUGUGGAACUUGUAGCGAACCCAUCCAUAAUUUUUAUGGAUGAGCCUACAUCAGGACUUGAUGCUCGUGCAGCAGCUAUUGUCAUGCGGGCCGUUCGUAAUACUGUUGACACUGGAAGAACUGUGGUAUGCACCAUCCAUCAGCCGAGUAUUGAGAUUUUUGAAGCAUUUGAUGAGCUGCUUCUUAUGAAACGAGGUGGACAAAUGAUAUAUGGAGGAAAGCUCGGGGAGCAGUCACAAACUAUGAUAAACUACUUUCAGAGUAUGCCCGGUACUCCACCAAUCCCUCCUAGUUACAACCCUGCAACUUGGAUGCUUGAGAUCACUACCCCUGCUGCAGAAGAGAGAAUAGGUCAAGACUUUGCAGAAUUAUAUAGAAAUUCAGAACAGUACAGGGAAGUUGAAGCUUUGAUUGAGAGUUUCAGUGUUCCACCUGCAAAUUCAGAACCUUUAAAAUUUGACUCGAUCUAUUCUCAAGACACGUUCUCUCAGUUUAGAAUCUGCCUCUGGAAGCAAAACAUUGUAUACUGGAGAAGUCCUGCCUACAAUGCAGUGCGUAUAUUUUUCACUCUGCUGAGUGCACUCAUUAUUGGCUCUGUAUUCUGGGAUGUUGGUUCAAAAAGGGACUCAACACAAAAGUUAAUGGUGGUAAUGGGAGCUCUGUAUACAGCUGCUUUAUUUCUAGGGGUCAACAAUUCAUCAUCUGUACAACCAAUAGUUUCUAUAGAGAGAACAGUUUUCUACCGAGAAAGAGCAGCUGGGAUGUAUUCAUCUCUCCCAUAUGCAGCUGCUCAGGGCCUGGUUGAGAUUCCAUAUAUUCUAGCGCAGACAAUAAUCUAUGGCAUCAUUACAUAUUUCAUGAUCAACUUUGAAAGGACAAUAGAGAAGUUUUUACUCUAUCUAGUGUUCAUGUUUCUUACUUUCACCUACUUCACAUUUUACGGCAUGAUGGCGGUCGGGCUCACAUCAAACCAGCAAACUGCAGCCGUCAUGUCCUCUGCAUUCUACUCAUUGUGGAAUCUUCUAUCUGGCUUUCUUGUUCCUAAACCUAGCAUUCCUGGGUGGUGGAUAUGGUUAUACUACAUCUCCCCAAUCUCCUGGAGCCUGCGGGGGAUCAUCUCGUCUCAACUUGGGGAUGUAGAAACAGAGGUGGUGGGUCCAGGGUACAAAGGUACGGUGAAAGAGUAUUUGCGGGUCAGUCUUGGGUAUGGGCCUGGGAUGAUUGAGUGGUCGGCCCUGAUACUUGUCGGGUUCAGCAUCCUCUUCUUUUCUGUCUUUGCUGCAUCUGUGAAGUUCCUAAAUUUCCAACGGAGAUGACGAUGAGGAUGAGAAUGACAUUUUUGCACUUAGUGUAGUAUGUCAGCCUAGUUUAGAUGGGAUUUUAUUCUUUUAGUAGGAGUAACUAAAUCAAAUACUCCGUAUUAGGGAGAAAACAUGUUUAGUUAUGUAAAUGUUUUAACAUUGUAUUCAUGUUUUAGUUUUAGUUUGAGCAAUUUCUUGAUAUUUUAAUGGUGAUAUCUAGUACUCG